AUGUCGGCCAGUGCAUCAGAAACAGCAUCAAGUACGAUACCCCCCGCGACGUCAGAAGAGUUUCCGGCAACUUCCCCUUCUAGCCCCGAUGAGGAGGGCGGCGAGGAGAAGAGGGAGCACAACUUCAACGAACAGACCUUUUACGUGCCUCGCAAGCAAAUCAUCGCCAUCUUUCUCACUCUCGGGCUUAUCGACUUUAUCGCGCUGAUGGACCAGACCACGCUUGCUGCCUCGUUGCCUAUCAUCGGCGAGAAGCUACAUGCUGGAUCGCAGACCAGCCUGAUCUCCUCUGCCUACUUUAUCACCUCGACCGCGUUCCAGCUCCUCUAUGGCCGCAUCUCGGAUAUCGUGGGGCGCAAACCUCUCUUGCUUUCACUCCUUGCACUCUUUUUCAUCGGAUCGUUGGGCUCCUCCCUCGCCGACACAUACGCUAUACUGAUUCUCUUCCGUGCCAUCGUCGGUAUAGCAGGCGGCGGCAUCAUGACCGUAGCCCAGAUCAUCGUCUCGGACGUGGACCCGUCGUCGGCGGCGCGCUGA